GUUGAUUGAAUUGAAUUUGAGUGACAAAAAAUAACAUAGCCGGACCCGGAGCAAUGUUAUGAGAAAAAUAAAUACACUAUAGGUGCAAUACAUUGGUUACCUACGUAGUACUUUUUUUUCUUUCAAGAUUGUGAUUUGUAAGCAAGCAAUUUCGUGUUUUAUACUUGUUAAAAACUACCAAACAUGUUAAGAAAUUUCAUAAGAUUCCGUAUAAUGCGUAAUCAGUGUGGACGAUUAUGUGCAGUGUCUGCUCAGAGACAAAUUGGAGACAGAUAUUUUAGUGGGUUUCAAAAAGUUUGUAAAACAAAUGUGAAAAAUAUUUCACCUCUUUUCAACAACUGCUUUUGCCGUACCAUGUUCAUACAAACACAAGAUACGCCAAAUCCAAAUAGCUUGAAGUUCCUACCGGGAACCAAAGUAUUGGAGCCUGGGCAGACUAUGGAUUUUCCAAAUAUAGGAGCAGCACAGUGCAGUCCGUUGGCAAAAAUGCUGUUUCGAAUUGAUGGAGUAAAGGCCAUAUUUUUUGGGCCAGAGUUUGUAACAGUCACAAAACAGGAUGAUGAUGUUGAGUGGAAAUUUUUGAAGCCAGAAAUUUUUGCAACCAUUAUGGAUUUCUUUGCGAGUGGUCUACCAGUUGUGACAGAUGCUAAACCAUCGGGAGAAACACAAAUCAAUGAAGAUGAUGAUGAGAUAGUGCAAAUGAUAAAGGAACUACUUGACACUCGCAUUAGACCCACUGUUCAAGAGGAUGGUGGGGAUGUACUGUUUGUGGACUUUAAAGAUGGAGUGUUAAGGCUCAAAAUGCAAGGCUCUUGUUCUUCUUGCCCGAGUUCUAUUGUGACCUUGAAGAAUGGUGUCCAGAAUAUGAUGCAGUUCUACAUACCUGAAGUACUGGCUGUUGAACAAAUUGAUGAUGAAGGCGAGAAACUCAGUGAGAAAAUAUUUAAGGAAUUUGAGCAAUUAAAAAACAAAGAAACAAAAUCUGACUGAAAAUAUUUGAAACUGAUUUGUAAGUAGGUUGAUAGUGUAUAGUAUAUAUUAUAGUUAGUAUGCAUAUAUUAAUUUUGUAAAGAGUUUAUCAUAUUAUAGGGCUUGCUAUGUACUUACAUAGCUAAUAAUAAACAGAGUUUGUAAUCUUUCUAGUUCUAAAUCAAAUAAAAUUUUUUUCAGGCAAAUAAUUUUUUUUUUAGUUUCAUCCAAAAAUAGCAUUACUGAACAAUUGUUUCGUUACUCGAUCGAAAAAGCUAUAGUAUUUAGUGCUAUCGAAUAUUAUAAAACAUUAUCGAUAGUGUAAAAUAAUCGAUGGUCUAACCUAUCUCAUAAGCUUUAGCUUCAACUAUCGAUGAGAAAUAAAAAUCGAUCAUCAGUCGGCAUCACUAUCAGAAAUCAAGACCUAAUUAUAUAGGUAUGUAACAUGUGAAAGUUUUAAAUCAGUUCUUAUUAAACUUUGUGAUUGUUCACUGUCAAUUUGACCAUAACUAUAAUGUAAUUAUAGAGAAAAACAAUAAUAAAUUACACUACCUCUUGAAUCACUCUUAUCUAUUUUAAAAAUCGCAUCUAAAUCCGUUCCGUAGUUUUAAAAAUGUAGAUCUUCAAAAUUACGCAACGGACGCAUACAUAGGGACAGACAGCACGAAGCAACUUUGUUUUAUAAUAUGUAUUCAUAUAAAUUGUUUACUUGAUCAA